CGCCGAGGAACCGGGCCGGGCCGGAGAGAAAGGAAACCUGCGGGGGGGAGGCGGCGGCGGCCGCCGAGCGGGCGAGGGAGGAGAGUUCACUUCCACUCGGGUGUCAGCGCGCGGCGGCGGCGGCGGGUGCUGGCGCGGGAGCGCCCAGGGAGAGGGGCGCCCGUCUCGGAGCGGCCAGGGGGAGGAAGCGAGAGGCUGGUUCGCAGCGCGCCGGCAGGGCGCGGAGCCCGCGAGGCUGGCCAGCGAGGGGAGCCGUGGGGGGCGCGCCCCGGACGGGCCCCCGGAGAAGCGCAGGAUGCCCCACGAGGAGUUGCCGUCGCUGCAGAGACCCCGCUAUGGCUCUAUCGUGGAUGAUGAAAGGCUCUCUGCAGAGGAGAUGGAUGAGAGGAGGCGGCAGAACAUCGCUUAUGAAUAUUUGUGCCACUUAGAAGAAGCCAAAAGGUGGAUGGAAGUCUGCUUAGUUGAAGAAUUGCCACCAACCACUGAACUGGAAGAAGGGCUCCGGAACGGAGUUUACCUUGCAAAGUUAGCCAAGUUCUUUGCUCCAAAAAUUGUAUCGGAAAAAAAGAUCUAUGAUGUGGAACAAACGCGUUAUAAGAAGUCUGGCCUUCAUUUCCGACAUACAGAUAAUACCGUCCAGUGGUUAAGAGCGAUGGAGUCUAUUGGGCUACCCAAGAUAUUUUAUCCAGAAACCACAGAUGUCUAUGAUCGGAAAAACAUACCAAGGAUGAUAUAUUGCAUUCAUGCACUGAGUUUAUAUCUGUUCAAACUAGGAAUAGCACCCCAGAUCCAGGAUUUAUUGGGCAAAGUAGACUUCACAGAGGAAGAAAUCAGUAAUAUGAGAAAAGAACUUGAGAAAUAUGGAAUACAGAUGCCAUCUUUCAGCAAAAUAGGCGGUAUUCUGGCCAAUGAACUGUCCGUGGAUGAAGCCGCAUUACAUGCUGCAGUGAUCGCCAUCAACGAAGCUGUUGAAAAAGGAAUAGCAGAGCAGACCAUCAUAACGCUAAGGAACCCCAAUGCGGUUUUAACUUCAGUGGAUGACGACCUUGCACAGGAAUAUCAGAAAGAACUCUGGGACGCCAAAAAGAAAAAAGAGGAAAAUGCAAGACUGAAGAAUAGCUGUAUUUCAGAGGAAGAGAGGGACGCGUAUGAAGAACUGCUGACACAAGCAGAAAUCCAAGGCAACGUUAACAAAGUCAACAGGCAGGCUGCAGUGGAGCACAUCAAUGCUGUCCUUCGGGAAGGUGACCCUGAGAAUACACUGCUUGCUCUGAAGAGACCAGAGGCCCAGCUGCCUGCUGUUUAUCCCUUUGCUGCUGCUAUGUAUCAGAAUGAACUUUCCAACCUCCAGAAACAGAAUGCCGUGAACUACUUGGCCCACGAGGAGCUGGCGAUUGCGGUGGAAAUGUUGUCUGCAGUUGCUUUACUAAACCAGGCCCUGGAAAGCAGCGAUCUUGUGUCUGUACAGAAUCAACUUAAAAGCCCCACAAUAGGCUUAAACAAUCUGGACCAGGCAUAUGUGGAACGUUACGCAGACUCUCUACUCGCUGUGAAACUGGAAGCCGUAUCCCAAGGGCAAGAUAACUUAAGCUGGAAUGAAAUUCAGAAUUGUAUCGACUUGGUUAAUAUUCAGAUACAAGAAGAAAAUGACCGAAUGGUAGCUGUAGGGUACAUUAAUGAAGCCAUUGAUCAAGGGAACCCUGUGAAGACUUUGGAAUCUUUGCUGUUGCCCACUGCAAAUAUCAAAGAUGUGGACCCAGACUUUGCCCAGCACUACCAGGAUGUUUUACAAGACGCUAAAUCACAGAAACUCAGGAAUUCCUCCGAGAAGGCCUCGAAAGUUCUUUGGCUGGAAGAGAUACAGCGAGCCAUCGAUGAGGCCAACAGUGACAGGGACAAAGCGAAACAGUGGAUUACUCUGAUCGUUGAUGUUAAUCAGUGUUUGGAGGAAAAAAAAUCAAGUGACAUUUUGUCUAUAUUGAAGUCUUCUUCAACUAACAUCCUCCCUGAAUGUGUGGAGAGAUACUAUGAUGCCCUUGAGAAGGCAAAAGUGCUCAAAAGUGAAAGAGUGUCUAAUGAAGGUCCAUGGCUGAAAGUCACCCUGCAGGAGAAAUAUGACUACUAUUACAACAUUGAUUCAAAAGAGAGCUCCUGGGUCCAACCUGAAUCAUGCUCGCUUAAGGAAUCAUGGCUCAACAGAGAUGAAAUUGAGGAUAUUAUUGAGGAAGUCACGGUAGGGUACAUUCGUGAGAAUGUGUGGUCUGCUUCUGAAGAUUUGCUUCAUCGCUUUCGAGCUGCAAGUACCGGAAACCCCCUUAUGGAACAGUUUGAAGCUAGGAAAUCAUUUUUGUAUGAACAAGAAGCGAAUGUGGUCAAAAUACAGGCUUUCUGGAAAGGAUAUAAACAACGGAAGGCGUAUAUGGUGAGACGACAGACCUUUGGGGAUAAUAUUUAUUCUAUUGUGAAGAUUCAGUCCUGGUUCCGAAUGAUGUCAGCAAGAAAAAGCUACCUUUCACGACUACAGUUUUUCAGAGACCAUAAAUAUGCAAUUGUGAAAAUACAGUCACUGUUGAGAGCAAACAAGGCUAGAGAUGACUACAAAACACUGGUUGGCUCCCAAAACCCACCAUUAAGCGUAAUCCGCAAAUUUGUACACCUUCUGGACCAAAGUGAUUUGGAUUUCCAGGAGGAACUGGAGGUCGCACGAUUAAGGGAAGAAGUGGUGACCAAGAUCAGGGCCAAUCAGCAGCUGGAGAAAGAUCUGAACUUGAUGGACAUCAAGAUUGGGCUCUUGGUGAAGAACAGGAUCACACUAGAGGAUGUAAUUUCACACAGAACAAAACUGAAUAAGAAAAAAGGAGGAGAAAUGGAAAUACUAAAUAACACUGACAACCAGGGAAUAAAAAGUUUGAGUAAGGAGAGAAGAAAAACACUAGAAACAUAUCAGCAGCUAUUUUACCUUUUACAGACCAACCCUUUUUACUUGGCUAAGCUGAUUUUCCAGAUGCCACAGAACAAGUCAACUAAGUUUAUGGAUACCGUUAUUUUCACACUAUACAAUUAUGCUUCAAAUGAGCGAGAAGAAUAUCUACUCCUGAAGCUUUUUAAAACCGCUCUGGAGGAAGAAAUAAAAUCGAAGGUGGACCAGGUACAGGACAUAGUUACUGGUAACCCGACUGUCAUCAAGAUGGUCGUCAGCUUCAACAGAGGUGCCCGGGGACAGAAUAACCUGCGCCAGCUCCUGGCCCCAGUGGUGAAAGAGAUUAUCAAUGACAAGUCCCUGAUCAUCAACACGAACCCUGUAGAUGUGUACAAGUCUUGGGUGAACCAGCUAGAAACGCAGACAGGAGAGGCCAGCAAGCUGCCUUAUGACGUGACCACAGAACAAGCUCUGACAUACCAAGAAGUGAAAAACAAACUGGAGGCCUCCAUUGAGAACCUGAGAAGGGUCACCGACCAAGUCCUGAACUCCAUCAUUUCUUCCCUCGAUCUGCUGCCUUAUGGAUUGAGGUAUAUAGCCAAAGUACUGAAGAAUUCGAUCCAUGAGAAAUUCCCUGAUGCAACAGAAGAUGAGCUAUUAAAGAUUGUUGGAAAUCUCCUGUACUAUCGGUACAUGAACCCAGCCAUCGUAGCUCCAGAUGGCUUCGAUAUUAUUGACAUGACAGCAGGAGGCCAGAUAAAUCCCGACCAGAGAAGAAACUUGGGUUCCGUGGCCAAGGUUCUUCAGCACGCAGCCUCCAACAAGCUGUUUGAAGGAGAAAAUGAGCAUCUCUCAUCCAUGAAUGAUUAUUUAUCAACCACAUAUCAGGAAUUCAGGAAGUAUUUCAAAGAAGCCUGUAAUGUCCCGGAGCCAGAAGAGAAGUUUAAUAUGGACAAAUACACAGACUUGGUGACAGUCAGCAAACCAGUCAUUUAUAUUUCAAUCGAUGAAAUCAUCAGCACACAUUCACUCCUAUUGGAACACCAGGAUGCAAUUGUCUCUGAAAAAAAUGACUUACUGACAGAGUUGUUGGGGUUGCUGGGAGAAGUACCUACCGUGGAGUCUUUCCUUGGGGAAGGAGCAGUUGACGCCAAUGACCCUGACAAGGAAAACACACUAAGUCAACUCUCAAAGACUGAGAUUUCCCUUUACUUGACAAGCAAAUACGACGUAGAGGAUGGCGAAGCUAUAGAUGGUCACAGCCUCAUGAUAAAGACCAAAAAGCUGAUAAUUGAUGUGAUUCGGAACCAGUCAGGGAACUCAUUGACAGAAAUCUUAGAGACACCAGCAACUUCACAACAGGAAGAAGAUCAUGCUGCAGACAUGAAGAGCCGUGCAAGUAUAGAUUCCAGGACUCCAGAAGAAAUGAAGGCUAGCCAAUCUAUGAUGGAAGAUGCUCUGCUGCCCCUGGAGCAGAAGAAGAGAAAAAUCCAGAGGAAUCUCCGCACGUUAGAACAGACUGAGCACGUGACAUCCGAAAAUAAAUACCAAGCCAUUCUCAAUGAGAUUGCCAAGGAUAUUCUAAAUCAAAGAGUCUAUCGUACACUUCGAAAAAGUGAAUUAACCAAACUUCAGCAGACCCUGAAGGCCCUUAAUGAGAAGGCAGCAUUUUAUGAAGAGCAAAUUAAUUAUUAUGACACCUACAUAAAGACUUGCUUAGACAACUUAAAAAGAAAAAAUACUCGAAGAUCAAUUAAAGUAGAUGGAAAAGGAGAACCUAAGGGGGCGAAGAGAUCCAAGCCUGUGAAGUACACGGCUGCAAAGCUGCACGAGAAAGGUGUCCUGCUCGGGAUAGACGAUCUUCAGACCAACCAGUUUAAGAAUGUUACAUUUGAUAUCAUAGCUACUGAAGAUGUGGGCAUCUUUGAUGUCAGAUCUAAGUUCCUUGGUGUAGAGAUGGAAAAAGUGCAGCUGAAUAUUCAGGAUUUACUUCAGAUGCAGUAUGAAGGAGUAUCUGUAAUGAAGAUGUUUGACAAGGUGAAAGUGAACGUAAACCUUCUCAUUUACCUGCUGAACAAGAAAUUCUAUGGAAAGUGAAGUGCCUGCGGAAAUGUCACAAAUUCUGUAUCAUCUGGAUUGGAAAAUGAAUUUGUUUAGUAUUUUUGUUUUUAACAUGAUUGAAAUCACUGCUUACAAAUGUGUGAUUUUUUUUUUUUUAAGGACCAAAACUGUUCUCAAAAAUGUACCCAUGUGCCUUUUUGAUAAUUUGAUACUAAAAUAGAGUGAUAAUGAAGAAAGAAUUAAUGUAAACAUAUCCACGUUGUACUGUCAUGUAGGUACUCUGAUUUAAAACUUGGGACAUCCUGUGAUCUAUUUUAAAGGAGGGGGAAAUUUAGCUAACUGGGGACAAACAUAAACCUAUUUUCUUACGAAAAAAUUUUACCUAUCCCACGUGAAUGAUGUAAUUCUUCAUGAUUUUUUUAUCGGUGGAUAAAUGGAAACCUAAUUAUUUGUAAUGAAUUACUUAGACAGUUCUAAGCCUUGUCUUCUUUUAAGGAAAAUUUUGUGCAAUUCAAAAUGAAGUUUUUAUAAGUAAUCGAAACCGACAAUACAAUAACACUUUCUGUAUAAAAGUAUAUAUUUUAUGUGAUUUAUUCCUACUAAACGAAAGUGCACUACUGCCUCAUGAAAAGACUCGUAUGAAGAGCCUUUACCUUUAAGUGACUAAGGAACAACAGGACAGUGAUCCUAGACCCCCCACCUCCCCCCUUCACAAUGUAUUUGAAUACUUCAAUUGUGCCUCUCAAUUUUUUGUAAUGCUAUAAAAUCAUUAUCUAGAUGGUUUUUAAAUGUAUUCUUUGGAAAUUGUUUUAUGUAAAAUAAAUGUUACUUAAUUACAUU